AUGGAUAUGCCAUUUCUGAAACUGCUAUCCCAUUUUCUGCUUCUCACCUUCUUGAAUUUCGCUUCCACUUCUGAAGUAGACAUCCCUGUUUACUAUGGCCACAACUGCACAAGGAAUAAAAACUUCACUUCCCAUAGCCCCUACCAGUUCAACCUUCACAAUCUUUUAUUUUCCUUCCAUUCCAUGGCCAUAGUAAACGGGGAUGUCCCCACUCCUGAAUUCAACACCACCAGCUUUGGCCGCACAAACACGAGCGACGCCGUAUAUGGAGAGUACAUGUGCCGAGGUGACGUCCCCACUCAGAUCUGUCGAGAUUGCAUUCAGGACGCCAAAAAUAGAAUAGCCUCGAUGUGUCCCUACGACAAAGAGGCAAUCAUCUGGUACGACGAGUGCUUCCUCCGCUAUUCCGACCGCUCUUUCUUCUCCACCCUCCAACAACAGCCUGUUCAACAACAGCCUGUCAGAAUUAGAGAAAUAUCACACAUCCAAAUCGGAAGUGGAACAGAUAAGACAGAUAAGGAAUUGUACAAGACAUUGAAUGAUGCGGUGGUGGAGGCAGUGACAUCAGAUACCAAGAAAUUCGCAACAAAAGAAGCAUACUUGAGUACUGGAGGAUCGGUAUACACUCUUGCACAGUGCACGCCGGAUCUGUCCCUACAAUUCUGUGGUGAGUGUCUACAUGGCCUUAUAGAAGAUAUUCUGAAGGAGGAGGACUACCAGAGUGGUGGAUUUCAGAAUCCGAGCUGCAAUUUGAGAUUCGAAAGAUACCGAUUUUAUUAUAAGGACAAGCAGCCUCCCUACGGUGGUUCUACCUUUCAAGGGUUUGGAAGUCCUGCUCUUGCAGACUCGAACUGCUCGACCACCGAAAGUUUUACUGCCAACGAUCCCUACCUAAACAACCUCAAGAGUCUCACUCUCGAGCUCUCCAUGUCAUCCAACGACACCAAAAGCAAUGGAUUCCACAACACCACAGUCGGAAACAAUUCCAACACUACCGUCUACGGCCUCUUCAUGUGUCGGGGUGACGUGCCCCUUGGGCUCUGCCAUGAAUGCGUCAGUAACGGAAUUGACGAACUGAACUUUAGGUGUCCCUCUUCGAAGGAGGCUAUCAUUUGGUAUGACAUGUGCAUGCUUCGCUACUCCGAUUGCUCUUUCUUCUCUACCCAAGAGACACAACCUAUAUAUACAGAAGCUGGUGGGGAUAUGCAUGGAAACCAAACAGAUGGCUUCAAUAAGCUAUUAGCUGCUACAUUGAGUGAUCUAUUGAAGACGAUAUCAAACUCACCGCCCGUAGGAGCGAAGAAUUUUGCAACAAAAAAAGAAGUCAGUCCUUCAGAGCUUACACCAUUAUAUACCCUUGCACAAUGUACUCCAAACCUGUCUAGCCAAGAUUGCCAAAAAUGUCUACAGGAUGCUCAGGAACAUAUGACGUCAUGUUGUCUUGGAAAGCGAGGAGGAAAUGUCAUGAGUCCUAGCUGCAACUUGAGGUUUGAAUCGUACCGAUUUUAUGAUGACAGUAAAAGUGCUGUUUCGAUGCCUCCUGCACAUCCCCCGACUCCCGAAGUUCACAUUUCGGGAAAUACAGGAAAAGAUCAGGACCACUCACGAACAAUUAUAACAGCGGUGUCCCUUACUGUUGUCUCAAUCAUGCUUUUUUGUUUCGGCUUCUAUUACUGGAAGAGAAAAAAGAGCAACAGUUAUAAGGCGAUUCUGAAGAAAAAUUUUGGAGCUGAAGGAGCCACAUUAGAGUCAUUGCAAUUCAAUUUGGCAACAAUUGAAGCUGCAACAGAUAAGUUCUCACUUGAAAAUAGAAUAGGCAAAGGUGGAUUUGGAGAAGUCUACAUGGGCAUUCUUCCCGAUGGUAGCAAAAUAGCUGUAAAGAGAUUGUCAGAAAAAUCAAGUCAGGGCUUAUUAGAGUUCAAGAAUGAGGUUUUACUAAUUGCCAAACUUCAACACAGAAACUUGGUUGCAUUAUUAGGAUUUUGCUUGAAAGAUCAAGAGAAAAUACUUGUCUAUGAAUACGUUCCUAACAAGAGCCUCGAUUAUUUUUUAUUCGGUUUGUCCCUUCUAAUCAAACUGGGUUAUAUGUCUCCAGAAUAUAUCAAGUUUGGACUAUUUUCUGAGAAAUCAGAUAUUUACAGCUUUGGAGUCAUUGUUUUAGAAAUUAUAAGUGGAAAGAAUAUAUCUUCUCAAUGUGAAUCACAUGAAUCUCAAUAUGCUGGUGGACUCUUAAGCGAUGCUUGGAAGCAUUGGAGGGAUGACAAUUUGAUAGCAAUAUUGGAUUCGAAUCUGACAGAAGUUGGGUCACAUGGUGAAAUAAUCAAAUGCAUCCAUAUUGGCUUGCUGUGUGUUCAAGGAAAUCCAGGAGUUAGGCCUUCCAUGAACAAAGUUGUUCAAUAUCUGAGUAAUGAUUCAAUUCAAUUGCCAAUUCCUCAAGAGCCAGCAUUCUUCAUCCAUAGUCAAAUAGAACCAGUGGAAACCAGUAGGUCAAUGGAGGCUCAAUUUGCCAACCAUAAUCAAUAUUCCAUCAAUGAAAUAAUUACAAUUUGCACAUUUCUAACAGCACCCACUUCUGAUAAUUGCAAACAAGCUCUAAAUUGUGGAAAUCAAAAUUUGAUGGUUUCUUGUUCAUAUGAUAUGACAAUUUACAUUUGGGAUUUCAUGGUUGAGGAUGCACUAGUGAGUGGAUAUGAUCAUCGUAGUGCAUUUGCCACUGGUGUUGAUAUGAGCAUGCUUCUUGAGGGGCUUAUGAGAGUUCUGGUGCUAUAA